UUCACGCUCGCCGUUUCUGCAAGAUUCGGUGGGUGAUUCAGAUUUCUCUUGGCACAGCUAUUAGAAGACUUACAAUUGUCAGACAGGUUGCUCACGUCACCAAGCUCAGUUUGAGUCUGCGCAGUACGCUCGACCCCCCGGAAGUGUGAGCUUCUAUUUGUCUUGUGUCGCUGUGUCCAUUUCUUUUACUGUCUAUGGUCGAAACGUUAGUUUGGCGGCAGCCAUCCCUAGUAGACAGUAAAAACUAAAAGUUGAGUGUUUUGUUGAGUGUAAACAGAGUCUUGCCUCUGAGUAUUUUAGUGUUGAGAUGUUGAUGAUGACAGACGAGAUGUGUUGUAAAUCAGUAGGAACUGAUCUGUCCAUGCUCGAUAUUGAUGAUUUCAUCACAGAAAUCUCUCAGCUGAAGAAAAAUGUGGCGUUACUGGAGGCAAAACUGAGGUCAAGAGGAGAUGAAGUGAAGAGAGAGGAUGUGGUUUGUUGUGAAUCUUCAGUGUAUGUGACUGAUGGAUGUCUGGAUUCAGUGUGGAUGAGCAGAGAUCAGAGCCGCACACCAAAGCCACUGCUGGACUCUAAACUCUCUGAAGAGAAAUCCAGACACACACAGGACUCAGAGCUCGGUCUCACUUUACUCCGUUAUACUGAGUCAAAGCCCACAGACGCUCAGGACACUGUGUGUGACAGUAAUCAGGGCUUACAGGAUGAGGAAUCUACUGAUCAAACCUCCACAGAGUCUCUGGAUUCUGUCUGUAACGCUGGAGAACAGCAGCAGUUCCUGCAGACCACACUGAAGAUGUGUUCAGUCAAACUGAUCGACUGCACGAACCUGAUGAUGAAGAUUGAAACAGAACCCACAGAAGAGGAAGAUCACACUGAUGAAGACAAUCAUGUGGAUGAUUUAAUUUCAUCAGAUGUGAAGAGUGAGUCAUGUUGUUAUGGAGAAACGUCCUCAACAUCAGAAGAUCGACUGACAGCACAAACUCUUUCCUGCAUCACCUGUAGAAAGACAUUCAGCUCACAGAGACAUUUAGAGAGACAUGAGAGAAAACACACAGAACAGAAACUCAGCUUUACUACCUUACAAGAGAAGAAACUUCAUCAUUCAAAAGAGCACGAAGAGAAGAAGAAGAAGAAAAAGAAGAAGUUUCACUGUGAGCAGUGUGGGAAGGAUUUUGUCUUAUCUCAUCUAAAAGUUCACAUGAGGACACACAGUGGUGAAUCGCCUUUCUAUUGCACUGAAUGUGGAAAUUACUUCAGCACCAAACAAAGUCUUGGUGUUCAUAAGAGAAUUCACACAGGAGAAAAACCAUACGAGUGUCCUCACUGUGAGAUGAGAUUCAGACAAAAAAGCUCCCUGAAGAAACAUGUGUUUAUACACACCAAUGAGAGACCGUAUCAGUGCAGUAAAUGUGACAAAACCUUUAGGGAUUCAGGUACAUUAAAAUCACACCAGUAUAUUCACUCUAAAGAGAAACUCUAUCAAUGUUCACACUGUGAUAAAGGUUUCUGUUGUAAAUCUAAACUUAUAUGCCACGAGAGGAUUCACACUGGAGAGAAACCUCAUCACUGUAGUAUCUGCGGGAAGAGUUAUUUUCGACGUUACAUGUUAGUAAAUCACCAGAGAAUUCAUACAGGCGAAAAACCUUACAAAUGCUCUCAGUGUGAAAAGUCGUUUACUGAGUCAAGUAAAUUAAAUGUCCAUGAGAAAAUUCAUAAUGGAGAGAAACCUCAUCACUGUAGUGUUUGUGGGAAGAGUUUUGGGCGGCGUGAACAUUUAGUAAGGCAUCAGAAAACUCAUACAGGUGAAAAACCUUACAAAUGCUCUCAGUGUGAGAAGACGUUUACUGGGUCAGGUUCCUUAAAAAUCCAUGAGAGAAUUCACACCGGAGAGAAACCUUACGUCUGCUCACACUGUGGAAUGAGUUUCACUGAUCUUAGUACUUUUAAAGUUCAUAUGAGAAUUCACACUGGAGAGAAACCUCAUCACUGUAGUGUCUGUGGGAAGACUUUUAGGCAGCGUAAACAUUUAAUGAUACACCAGAGAAUUCAUACAGGUGAAAAACCUUACAAAUGCUCUCAGUGUGAGAAGACGUUUACUCAGUCAGGUGCCUUCAAAGCCCAUGAGAGAAUUCACACUGGAGAGAAACCUUAUCACUGUAGUGUCUGUGGGAAGACGUUUAGGCUGCGUCAACAUUUAGUAAAGCAUCUGAGAAUUCAUACAGGUGAAAAACCUUACAAAUGCUUUCAGUGUGAAAAGACGUUUAAUCGGUCAAGUAAAUUAAAAAUCCAUGAGAGACUUCAUACAGGAGAGAAACCUUACGUCUGCUCGAUCUGUGGAGAGAGAUUCACUCAGUCUGGAAGUCUUCAGUAUCAUCAGAAGAAACACACUGAAGAACAAACUACAGUAAAAUCAUCAUAGUACCUUAACCUUAUGUACAUUUGGGGACGUUUUAAUCCACUAUGGGGUGCUUUUGAGUCUUAAUUUGGCCACAACUUUCUCUGUGUUUCAGUAAAUGGAAUAAUUUUUUGGUGACAAAUCUUAUUGUAACGAACAGCAGAUAUCAGUAUUUCAGGCCCCCACCAACUGCCUUUGAGAAGGGUGUGCUACGUUGAGACUGGAUUUUGGUGGGUUAACACAAACAAAUGUCCAGUUCCGUCAGAUAAGGCUGCUCAGACAACUGACAGACAUUUUUUAAGACUUAGGAAAAACAAGUUAAAGUUGUUUAACUUAAUUUAAGUUAAAGUAACAUAAGUUUAUUUGAUAUCAUUUUUGUUUUUCGAGUGUGUUGAAUCAUUUGUCAAGUCAAUUUUAUUUUUAUAGCGUUCUUCACAAUGGUUCAUCAAUCCAAAGCAGCUCUUCAUAAAAUUGAAAUAAAGAAAACUAUUUAUCCUCAUCAUCAUUAUUAUUAUUAUCUCCCACUGCUCUUCUGGUUGUUGAAGAAUAGGGUGUACCCAAUAUCGCUAAAAAUCAGCUCAUCCUCACUGCUGGCUUAAAUGCAAUGUAAGUCACUAUAGAUAAAAGCAUCUGCCUGAUAUGUAAAUAUAAUUAAAAGACUAAGGGGCAGUUUCCCAAACAGAGUUUAGAUUAAUCCAGGACUAGGCUUAUAAUAGGACAUUUAAGUAGUUUUACAAACAAACCUUACCUAAAACAAUACUGAUGUGCAUGUUGAGAUAAAACAUUGGUAUUGAUAUGUGUUAAGAUAUGUCAGUACAAUACGUUUUUAAAUUAAGGCAGCUCAAACAUGCAUUUUAAUCUGGGACUAGAAUAAGCCCUGUCCGGGAAACCGUCCAUAAAUGUCUCAUUUGAUAGAUCUGAGUAGAAACAUAAUUUUUUUUUUUUUUGGUGUUUUUUCAUGUUGUUAUUACAUUCUUCUUUUUUUAUCAUUAACCACCUAAGACAUGGAUGUCCAUAAACGUGGACAUAAUUUUUUUGUUGCUUGCACCAUAAUACUUAAUUCUGUCUAAAUGGAACCUGUUGUACACAAAUGUGGACAAUUACACAGCUUCAUGUUCAAAGAAAAAUAUUUAGUUAUUAUAUUUUUUGGUUCUUUCCAACCCCAAAUAGCUGGAAGAAAUCUGAAAAAAAGACAAACCAAAGCUCGGGUCUUAGGAGGUUAAUUAAAUUGUCAUUCAUUUAUUCAUUUUAAAAAUCAUGUAUUUUCUUUUUUUUCUUAUUAUUUUAUAUUAUAUUCAAUUCAUUUGAUCUAGUUACCAUAUUCUACAUUAUUUUUCUUAAUAUUGUUUAAAUCUUAUGUUGACACUGCUGUAUUGUCUUUUAAUGAUGAUUUGAGUCUUCAGUGUUCUCAAUUUAAAGGUUUUCACGAAAAUGUGUUGAAACAGUACAUUUCCACUUGCUAUGUUUGGUAAAAUAAUAUCUGCUAGAUCUGCUUCUAGCCAGACAAAGUUAGUUUGAUCAUCGAAAAUGUAACUAAGAUUAUUCAAUAAACCACCUGCUGUA